GAACUACAGGUACUAGCUAGAACAGCCUAUCCUGGGCAGCCAUUGUCAUCACAGUAAUGACCUUCCGCCAAUUAUAUAAGUUUGGUGACUGUUUGCUAUUCCGUGAGUUGACUACAUACCAUCAUCACGAUGCUCAUCCUUUGGGUUCUUUCUGUAUCAUUCAUCUGUCUAUCCACGGCUAAUGGUGUGGGUGCCGCCGAGCUGGCAGCCUACAACAUGACACCAGCCACUCCCAACCAUGUCAGUCUAAGACAAGACGUAUGUGGACGAUACCAAAAGUACGAUGCCGGCGAGAUUGAGCUCAAGGAUGCUCUAUCGGGUCUAUCCUUGAACCCCGUCUUUACCCACGACAUCCAUGGCGUUGCUUCCAAAUACAGUCUCGAAACGGGAAUUGACACUACCAAUCCGGGAAUUCUUAUCGAAUUGCUCGAUGCCGUGGCACAACGUGCCAAUUUCACUUGGAGGGACUCCUUUGCCAUUACCAGCACGCCGGAUGCCUACAACAUGACAUGGAGGGAGCUGUUAGUGUGGAGUAUUGAAAACUAUGACAUCUCCAUUCAUGGAUGGGCACAUACCGUGGAACGAAUGGAACAAGGGGUCACAUUCACAGAGCCAUGGCUGGAUGCCAGCUACAUUUUGAUUGACCGCAGAAAGUCACUGAGAGACACCAAGACCAUUGAUCCAUUCAACUGGACGAAGCCAUUUGAACCGGCGGUUUGGGGAAUGAUCCUCUUGACAGUGCUGGUAUCGGCUCUGGUCUACCAGCUCAUUGAGCAUCUCAGUGGAGAACGAGAAGACAGGUCACUCUACCAAUGGUUCUCGGACAACCUGUAUCUCAGUGCCAUUAAUUUCUCCCAGAACUUUGAAUAUGCUCCCAACAGUUUUGGGGGCAGAAUCUUUGGGGUGAGCAUGACAAUUUGGGCUUUGGUCAUUGUUGCCACAUACACUGCCAAUCUGGCUUCACUUUUUGUGGAAGAGAGAAUCGAACCUGUUUUGGUGGAUUCCAUGGAGAAAGCAGUGGUCUAUGGUUCCCCAGUGUGUACGUUUCAGAAUACCAAUUCAGACUUUUUUAUCCGAGAAACCUACCCAAAGGCAAUACUGGUUCCAAAAGUGGAUGAAAUCUCCAUGUUUGAGGCUCUGAGAAAUGGUGAAUGUGAAUUGGCCGUAACCUUUGCUGGUUCAUGGUUGCUGCAUCAGGUGAACGAAGAAGUCAACCCGGAUUGUGAUUUGGAAUGGGUAGGUGACAAGGUCAAAACGGUCAAGUCAGGUUGGGCGGUCAUUGCGGAUGCAGGCAACAAGUGCAGCAGUUUGGUCCGACAAGUGGUGAAUUUACAUUUGGUGGACAUUGUGGAAGAAGGGUUCCUAGACGAGCUUUGGGAAAAAUACAGAGAUCUGGUCGAUGAUGGCACUUGCACGUAUGAGUCUCUGGAUGACCGACGGCGACUUCAACAACCCAAAAGUACUCCUCCAUCUGCAAAGGCUCAGAAUGUUGCAAGUGCCACCACUAGGCAUCGGAUACUUAAGGGUGCAGGAAGGUCGGCUUCAGGGACAGAGGAUGGUGUUGAUGCGGAUACCUUGACACUUCAGCAAAUGGCAGGAACCUUCAUUGUGCAUUAUGGAGCCAUGGCUAUCGCUGUUUUAGUGAGUUUAGUGGCUGUGUAUGCAGAGAAGAAGAAGUGGUUUCAGAAAGAAGGGCAGGUAGUGGAGAAGGUGAUCAACAGGACCCAUGGACCCAUCAUUGGAAUGCCACCUCCACUCAAUACUUAUGUGGUCCGCAACAGCGAUGAUGCUCUGGAUAUCAGUCAUGUCAGCCACAACACAGGGAAUGGAAGCAGAAUCGUCCGCAAUGACACUGGAAAUUACAGCAGGCAGGAGCGUGCGCGUUUCAGUUCUGAAAACGACUACAUGGACGAACCAACGGAUGUUGGUGGCACUGUCAACAGGCGAGAGAACCAAGGGUUCAACGGUGAUUUUGAUCCGGCAGAAAUUGUAGUGAGAAUGAAUGAGAUGCAGAAAGCACUAGAUAGCCAGGCGGCAACUCUGGAGGCCCAGUCCAAAACUUUGGAGACCCAGUCCCAUAUGAUCCGGCAGUUGCUGAUGAGAACGAUUCAUGAGCACGAUGUAUAAGAUGGCAAGGUUAUGUUGCCGGAUGCAACGAUUUUCAAUCCAAAUGCUUUCAGUCUGAUGGGCCCGAAGGCAUUGUUGUUGAGCUUUGCAGUUUUGGUAUGAUUGGAAAGCAAUGGCUCCGGCUACAGCUACAGCAGCAAAGAAGACCAACACAAAUUCUGCAGACUUAACGCCGUCAUGCCCCGGUCCCCUGGAACGUGGCUAAUAGAGAUCGUAACUCAUGGAUAUCAGACUACUAGUACGGUGACACGAGAAAGCACGGGCUUCGUCGUUGGCGAGGGGGGCGCCUUCUGAAAGGUCUCGCACCGUACCGGCACAACACUCAACACUAAACCGCGACACCAGCAUGCGGCUAUACAAUAACCACGCCGAAUUGAAGAAACGGUUUCAGUUCCGUCGAGGCGGGAGGCAGAGACGAGUCGUGGUACGAAGCUCUCAUAUUUUCGUAGUCCGGAUUGUCGAACGUGACGUGCUGUAUUCGUACCGGUAUGCAGCGGCAAAGCAUGUAGACCUCGACAACGCAAGAGCAUACUCAUAAGACUUCAUCGUAGAUUCAAGUUACCACGAAGCGCA